AUGGCUCGACGCAGUUGCCCCGCUAACCUCGCCGUGGCCAGCAGCCUCACCCUCUCCACAGCCCUCGCACUGUCAGGCACAAACACCUGCAGUGGCAGCGUGGGGGCCAUCGCCGGGGCCAUCCUGGGAGCCUCCUUCUGGAACUGGCACUCGGACAUGCUGAGGGUGCGGGCCCGCAAGCCUGCACCCCUGAGGGUGGUCAUCACGGGGUCCAGCCGCGGCAUUGGCAAGGCGCUGGCGAGGGAGUUCCUGAGGGCUGGGGACCGUGUCGUGGUCACCUCCCGCUCGCUGGCAGACGCCCAGGCCGCCGCUGCUGCCCUGGUGGGGGAAGGCGUGGGCGGGGCCCCCCGCUCUGUGAUCGGGCUGGCCUGUGACGUCGGGGACGCUGGGAGCGUGGAGGCCUUGGCGGGGGCGGCCAUGCAUCAGCUCGGGGGCGUCGACGUCUGGAUAAACAAUGCUGGGACCAGCGGCGGCUUCCAGAUGUUCAAGGAGCAGAGCCUGGAGGUCAUGGAAAGCGUGGUGAGGACCAACCUGGUGGGGUGCCUGCUGUGCACCCGCGUCGCGCUGCGCACGCUGGGCUCCCAGCCGACGGGGGGCCACGUCUUCAACAUGGACGGCGCGGGGGCAGGCGGCGGCCCGACGCCGGGCUUUGCCACCUACGGCGCCACCAAGGCCGGCAUAGCCCAGCUUCUGGAAAGCGUGGUGCGGGAGCGGGCGGGGAAGGCCAGCGGAAGGGAAGGCGGCGGCGCCGCACUGCACAACCUCUCCCCCGGCAUGGCCCUGACCGACCUGCUGCUGGCGGGGGCCACGCCGGGGACGAAGGCCGCCUUCAACGUGCUGUGCGAGCAGCCGGAGACGGUGGCCGCGCACCUGGCGCAUGCCCAGCACGGGAUGUGA